AUGCCAGCGAUUCCGUCGCCCGCUGAGCUGCUAGGAAAUAUCCUCGUGCAUCGCAACACCGACCCGAUUUCCACUAACACAACUGCUCCAGUUUUAGAGGUUGUUUGCGCCUGGCCUGUGUCCGGGCAAUAUGGGCCCGGGACCCGAGUCCUAUACUAUGCUUUGAUGGUAGCCUGUGUCCUGGCUCGAAAAGAGGAAUGGAUUCGUAAUUCUUGUUUGGCGGCUGCGCUGCUUUUCCCUGCCGUCGCUGCUAUCCACGCGAUCGUCCUGGCGGCCGUCCAUCGCGAAGGAGCGGUCGAUAUGGAUGUUUAUGGGGCUUUCCAGCUGUGCGCAAUUGGUAUCUUGACCGCGCCGGCCACCGUGAGACUCUCCAAGACAUACUUCAACAACCCCGGUCGCGACAUCAUCUUUUUGUGGACGGGUCUCCUUCUAGCCGGGCUCCUUAGUUUGACUGUAGAAUUCGUUCGCCUUGAACCAACGCGUUGCCCACCAGAUGACCCAGCGACAAUCGAAUGGAUCUCAACAGGCAAAUUUUUGUUUACGAGCAACUGCGGCAUGAUUUGUGGAGACAAAGGCCCCUUUUCGCCUUUACGACAAUACUCGGCCAACAACAUCUAUGUGAUCCCAAUGCCCCAUCAACUCACCUUCAGUACGGCUACGCUUCUCGCGGCUGCAUGCUGCAUCCCCGCCAUUCUGUCGCUGGUGUCUACAUGGAUCAAGAUCCUGGAGAAGAAUUGGGAGAAGAUUGUCCGUAGAGAUCGGCAAACCGAGAAUCUCGAUCAGCAACCGAUUGAAGGCACAAAUGGAGCUACUCCCGUGCAGAUGUCGGGCAUUGCCAAAAGGCUACGAAGCUGGCUCACGCUGAUCGAGAUUCCAGUCUUCGCCGUUGCAGUUCUGGCCAUUCUGGUCAAGGGUGAGAUGAAUUUCUUCAGUGAGCCUGUCAGGUAUCAAACGGAGCCAAUAGCUAGUGUUGGCCAGUGGGCACCGAUCGUUGGUACUGGACUUGCCGCAGUCGGAUCUCUCUAUCUUCUUCUCGCGGCUGAAAUGGAAGCUGAAGAGAAAGGAGAAGCGCCGCCGGACGAAGAACCCAAGAAUCAGCCUGUCGGAAGAUGCGCAAGAUGCGAUCAGUGUGCUAUUUCAAGCGAUAAUGCAGAUUCUAGUACAGGCUCACGACGCAAUUCUCAAAGCAACGACGAACAACCAUCACCGGGAGUGGAGAGAACAGUCACCCAGCCUUCUAUACCCUCAACUAAGCGCACCAUGACCAAUCAAUCCGAAAAAUCUCACGACCCAGCUGGAAGACGGAAAGUGGCUCGUUUUCUUAACAUGGCGAGCAUGCGUGUGGCUGCCAAAGCGGGCAGUCAAUUCGAAGAUUCUGGGUUUAAUCCUCAGGGAGGGGAAGCUUUUCCAGAAGUCCCGGGCGAGGUGUUCCGAAAUGUGAACUUACCUGAUAUUCAAAAGGCCUACAUUCACUCUCCUAGAGCUCGAUCCAGAGCCAGCAGCUUCGUUGAAAGUAUUGAAUCCGAUUCAUCCAACGGCCAAGGGAAUUCGACAACGCCCUGGGGUUUGUCAAGGUACUUAUCAUUGCCGGAUCCAGCACGCACACCAACCCGCCCAAAGCAUUCGAAUACGCUACCGUCAAGAGGGAGCCCAUCCGAGUUCGGUAGCCAGCAUGGUAUCAGAAUCCUGCAUGGCGAUCCCUCGACAUGGCCGCGAAGUAUACCUGGGGGAUCAACUCCGGACGAAGAGCACGUUAGCCGAGCACCAUCUAUAACCGAAACAAGCCCUACCGCACUUACGCCUGGCUCUCAAGAUACACCCAAAAUAGUGGUUUCUCCGGAUUAA